AUGAGUUUUCAUUUUGAAUAUCAUACAAAAUCACCAAACGAACUAGAAUACAAUAGCAAACGUGUGCAAGAUUUGUUAGAAAAAUGGGGAAUGAGACGACAUAGUUAUAUAAAAAGAUUUAUAUAUGAAGAAUAUUUUGAUAAUGAAAAAGAUGAGCACAAAUUUCUUUUAGAAUUUUUUAAUAAUGAAAAUGUAAGAGAAGAAUUUAAAAUACAAUCUGAUCAAAAUAAUUGGAAAGAAUUAAAAGGAGAAAUUUAUGAUGUUGCAUAUGAGAAAAUACCUUGUAACAUGACUACAUUGAAUUUUUUUGAUAGGUUAUAUGAUGCUGCAAUAGUGAGACGAGAUAGUGGAGCAAUAGUUAAAACAUUUCCAAUAUAUUUAGAAGAGAAUAAUUCAUCACCAAUAAUGAUAACGGAUGAAUUAAGACAAUUAUUAUUAUUGGCUAAUUCGAUAAAUUAUGAUAUAUUUAGUAAGAAUGAUAGAAAUGAAUUCAUGUUUAAGAUAUUUAAAUCAAUUUGUUUAGGAGGAGAUAUUUGUCAAUUUGAGGAUUUUGUUACGGAAUAUUUUAACAUAUUAAAAAAAAUUUAUAAAGAUUUAAUAUGUGUACAAAAAAGAAGAAAGACUGGUGAUUUGAUAAUUAAAUCUUUUGUUUAUAAAAUAAAUAAUUUAAAAAAUAGUAAUUUAUUUCCUUCUAAUCAUCAUAAUAACUUUUGUUAUGUCGUUAUCGAUCCUGUCAAUAGAUGGGUUAACGUUUGGUAUCAUGCUGCUUAUGAAUAUUUAUGUUGA